AUGGCGCGCGGGAGCACGAAGAAGCACUCCAAGCAGGCCGGGACGCUCGGUUCCGAGGCGCUGACGCACGCGGAGCGGCGCGCGCUGGGAUACGGGACCGUGCGCGAGCGACUCGGGCGGGAGACGGUGAAGGAUUUCGACGCGUGCGCGCUGACGCUGUCGACGACGGACGACGGCGUGUGCACGCCGCGAGGCGUGGUGUACGAUCGAGGCGCGAUCGUGCAAUGUCUCGUCGAUCAGAGGCGGGAGUUCGAGCGGAAGGCGCGAGAGCACGCGCGGGCGAAGGAGGCGGAGGCGAGGGCGGACGACGCGCGGGACGCGAAGCGGCGACGCGUCGAGCUGGCGGCGUUUCACGCGGCGAAUCACGGCGGGGGAGGGACGACGGACGAGGUCGAGGGCGAGGGGAAAGCGUACGCGGGCGCGGCGUCGCGACAGGCGAUGGAGGUGAACGCGACGCGCGCGGCGACGAUGGAUGGGUUUUGGAGGGUGGACGGCGGCGUCGACGACGGGUUGACGCGAGCGAAGGAGAAGCCGGAGAAGGAGACCAAGUGUCCGACGACGUUGGAGAGGUUGCGGAUGAAGGAUUUAGUGACGAUCAAGUGGACGAAAGUGCGAGAGGGGGAGAGCGGGAAGUACAUGUGUCCGAUCACGUAUAAGACGUUUACGAACGCCACGGCCAUCGUCGUGCUCAAGCCGACGGGGACGGCGAUUUCGGAGGAAGGUUUCAAGCGAGUCGUCGAGAAAGAGGGCGCGUACGACGGUGUGAAGAUUCGACCCGAUAAGGAUGUCAUUAAACUGCAAAAAGGAGGCACUGGAUUCGCCGCGUCGGGCACGCAAGUCGAGAGCAAGGCGAAUUUCGACAUGGGCCUCGCGGGCGGCGCCGAGCUGCGCGGCCAAUCGAGGGGGGGGCAAUCAAAGUUUGGUUUACGCUUCAAUUAG